ACUUCCUUUCUUGGAGAAAGUAGAAAUCCAAUAGCCUCAUCCACCCGAAGGCCAAAGCCAAAUCCCCUUCAAAACCCAAGCUAACGCCACGCCUCCGCCCUCCGUUUCUUUCUUUUAUUAUAAUUAUCACUUUCUUUCUUUGUCAUUCAAAUUUCUAGGGCCUUAUUCAAAUAUCGAGCGCAGCAGAAAUGGCUUCUCACGCCGCCAAUCUAUGGGUGUUGCUGGGGUUGGGUUUAGCCGGAAUUGUUCUCUUGACCAAAAGGCUUAAGAAAACUAUUAAAGCUGACUUUGGAGCUUUUAUCCAGAAGCUAGAGCUGCUUCCACCUCCUCAGCCUGCUCCUCCCAAAGCUCCCCACCCUCUCACCAGUCUCAAUUUCGCCGUCUCGGAAGUAUUUGACAUUGAAGGAUAUGUGACUGGGUUUGGCCAUCCAGACUGGGUGAGGACGCAUGAAGCUUCGUCUCAGACAUCUCCUGUGGUUUUGGCCCUUGUAGAAGGAGGUGCAACUUGUGUUGGGAAAACUGUUGUGGAUGAACUGGCAUAUAGCAUCCAUGGAGAAAAUAAACACUAUGGCACACCAACAAAUCCUACUGCACCUGCAUGCAUUCCAGGUGGAUCCUCUAGUGGAGCAGCUGUUGCUGUUGCUGCUAAUUUUGUGGACUUCUCUUUAGGCAUUGAUACUCUUGGUGGCGUGAGGGUACCUGCGGCUUUUUGUGGUGUUAUUGGAUUCCGACCGUCAUAUGGUGUUGUUUCUCACACUGGAAUUAUACCUGUUUCAUCGAGUCUCGACACUGUUGGAUUGUUCGCUAAGGAUCCUAACAUUCUACAUCGAGUUGGCCUUGUGCUCUUGCAACUUCCAUUUUCGGUUCAACGCAAUCCUAGGCAAAUUCUAUUAGCUGACAAUUGUUUUCAACUGCUAAAGAUUCCCAUGGACAGAGUUUUGCAAGUGGUGAUUAAUUCCACUGGGAAGCAUUUUGGAAGACAAGUAUUGAAGCAUGAAAAUCUUGACAAAUACUUUAGUUCUAAGGUCCCAAGCUUGAAGGAGUUUUAUGGUCAGAAAAUAAAUGGUGAUUCAAAAAUUUCAUCCAUGAGAUUGCUUGCAAAUGUUGCACAGAUUCUUCAAAGAUAUGAGUUUAAAUGUACGCAUGAAGAAUGGAUUAAUUCCAAAAGGCCUGUUCUUGAUUCUUCCAUCUCUGCUCAAAUAAAUGAAACACUGGAUAUGACAGAUAAGGAGAUUGAAAUCUGCAAAUCGAUUAGGACUGAGAUGCGUUUGGCAGUCAAUUCUCUUUUGAAGGAUGAUGGAAUUCUGGUGAUUCCUACCACUGCUUAUCCCCCUCUGAAACUUGGUAGCAAGGAAAUCUUUUCAGAGGACUACGAGAACUGUAUGUUUAGUCUGUUGAGUAUCGCUAGCAUAUCUGGUUGCUGUCAGGUGACACUGCCACUUGGAUAUCAUGAUAAGUGCCCUGUUUCAGUUUCCUUCAUAGCCAGACAUGGGGGUGAUCGAUUUUUACUGGAUACAGUGCAGACUAUGUAUUCGUCUCUGCAAGAGCAUGCUGAUACUGUCGCUAAGUCUAAAUUAUCACAUAAUGCUGUCAACCAGGAACAUGCUGCUGAGGUUGCCAAAGAAAAGGGCAACCAAGCAUACAAAGAUAAACAAUGGCAGAAGGCUAUUGGGUUUUAUACUGAAGCUAUAAAGCUUAGUGGCAAUAAUGCAACAUAUUAUAGCAACAGGGCUGCAGCAUAUCUUGAAUUAGGAAGUUUCCUCCAAGCAGAGGCAGAUUGUACCAAAGCCAUCAACCUUGAUAAAAAGAAUGUAAAGGCAUAUUUACGGAGAGGCACUGCUAGAGAAAUGCUUGGUUACUAUAAGGAGGCAAUUGAAGUUGAAAUUUAUUUACUUGGUGAAGAAAGAAAUAUAACAUGCUUAUGGUUUUUGGUGAAGGGGGUGAAGUCGUAUCACAUACAAGCAUUGAACUUUAGAAUGAAAGCAUUGAACUUUGCUUACAUUCAAGUUGUGACCUUCCUAUAGAAACAUUUCAAAAUUUAAUGCUUCUAGGGUGAGUAUAUAGAACUGGAUUUGUGUUACAGUAGUGGGACUUUGGCACUGCAGAUUUUAGUUAUGCCCUGGUGCUUGAGCCAACCAAUAAAAGAGCAGCCCUUUCUGCUGAGAGAUUAAGGAAGGUGUUUCAGUAGGUGGUUGGAAGAUAAUCAAAUUCCGGGUGGUUCAUAUAUUUGAAGUCUUCCUUGAUUUUGUUGGAUCAAGGGCCCUAAUUAGAUGGAGAUUUUCAAGCAUCUCAGAUGGUCCCAGGAUGAGUUGUGAGAUAUGCUUUCGUCCUUGUGAAGGUCUGGAGAGAUUUUAUCAUUUCAUCUCUUCACUUGUGUCUGCAGCAUUAAUUUAUUAUUGUCAGAAAUUUGCAGGUGUAGGUCAAUUUUGUUUUCUUUUAUAUAUGUAUAUUGUAUUCUUGUGUAAGGUUUACACAAUAAUCUCGGUUAAGACUGGCUUUUACAGAUAUCUUUCUUAUAUUUUUUUGGUUUAUAUGAAGCUGUUGGCUUGUCCUCAGGUGCUGAGAACUUUCUUUGUAAAGAUUUUUUUUAUUUUUUUGGUUUUUGUCCCUGUUGGCAUUAAUUGCAUGAAUUCUGAAUUUCAAUUGCAUUCUAAUUAAGUUGUUCUUUUAGUUUCUGGAGAAUUCGAUAUGAUUUUGCUUAGUAUUAUUCUUAAAAAUUGUUAAUACAGCCAAGUAAAUAUUUUUGCACUUAACAACGAAAAACCUUGAUAAGAAAAAGCAUCCAGAUGACAUUGACAAUGCUCCCAACAAUUAGGCACA